AUGCCUGUCCUUGAGCAACACACCGAGCGUCCCUACAAGGAAAGCAUUGGUUCUGUGCGCAACGCCCAGAUGGUCGUCAAGGUUGGCAUCAAUGGCUUCGGCCGAAUUGGUCGCAUUGUCUUCCGCAACUCUUUCACCCAUGAUGAUGUUGAAGUGGUCGCUGUCAACGAUCCUUUCAUCGACCUCAACUACGCGAAAUACAUGCUCAAGUACGACUCUACCCACGGCCGCUUCGAGCACGACGUUCUGCAGGAGGAUGGCCACCUGGUCAUCCAAAACAGAAAGGUCAAGUUCUACACAGAAAGAGAUCCCGCCAAUAUUCCCUGGAAGGAAAGCGGAGCUGAAUACAUCGUUGAAUCCACCGGCGUUUUCACCACUGUUGAGAAGGCCAAGGCCCAUCUGCAAGGAGGAGCCAAGAAGGUGAUCAUCUCUGCUCCCUCGGCGGAUGCCCCCAUGUACGUGAUGGGAGUCAACGAGGAGAAAUACGAUGGUACACCGGACGUCGUGUCCAACGCAUCCUGCACCACGAAUGGCCUCGCCCCUCUGGUGAAAGUCAUCAAUGACAAAUUUGGCUUUGUUGAAGGCUUGAUGACCGCCGUCCACGCCUAUACGGCAUCCCAGAAGCUGGUCGAUGGCCCUUCAUCCAAGGACUGGCGGGGCGGUCGUGCUGCUGCGGAGAAUAUCAUCCCCAGCAGCACAGGCGCUGCAAAGGCAGUUGGGAAGGUUAUCCCAGAGCUGCAGGGUAAAGUGACUGGCAUGUCAAUGCGAGUGCCGACCUCGGAUGUUUCGGUUGUCGACUUGACAUGUCGGAUCGAAAAAAGCGCUACUUAUGAGCAGAUUGUGGAUGCCAUCAAGGAGGCUUCUAACGGACCUCUCAAGGGUAUCAUGAGUUUCACCGAAGACGAUGUGGUCUCGAAGGACAUCAUCGGCAACCCACACUCUUCCAUCUUUGAUGUCAAGGCGGGUAUCUCGUUGAAUUCGAACUUCAUCAAGGUAGUCAGCUGGUAUGAUAAUGAGUGGGGAUACAGUCGCCGUGUGUUGGAUCUGGUCGUCCAUGUUGCCGGAGUGGAUGCUCGCAAGUGA